AUGUUAGAGGUGCAACUCGACGAAGACAUACUGGUUUUGCUUAGUGAUGGACCUAAGACCGAGACACCAAUGGGUCCAGCAAUCCAUAAGGAUACAGCCAAUCGGUGGCAAGACAUACUUUCAAAAGGCGUGAAAGAAAGUCUUUUGAAAAAUUGUCUUAUACCCUCCAAAUGUGACCACCUAAUUGCACCAGCUCUAAACUCGGGGUUAAAGCAGCUGUCAGAGACCUCUAUAAAACGAGACUCUUCACUUUUGUUCAUACAAAAGCAGCUGGGCGUCGCCAUUGCAGCCUUAGGUGCUAUUGCCAAUAUGAUCAUUUCGGACCAAACCGGCAACAAACUUUACAAAAUUAAGCGGCGCCUGUCGCAUUCUUUGCGAUAG